GAAGCGGCCCCGCGCCCGCCCCUCCCGCGCCCGGCGACGGGCUCAUGCACUGUGCGGCGCGGCGGCGCGGGCGGCGGGAUGGCUCCGGCUCCGGUCCCGGCGGCGGGCGCUGAGCUGCGGCCCCCCGCGCUGCUGCCGCUGCUGCUGUUGCCGCUGCUGCUGCCCGACCGUGCUGCCGGCCUGGAGGUGCAGCGCAAGUUCCUCUCUCCCACCCCCACCAACAACUUCGCGCUGGACGGCCCCGGCUCCCGCGUCUACCUGGCGGCCGUCAACCGGCUGUUCCAGCUGUCGGGGGGCGAGCUGGCGCUGGAGGCGGAGGCGGCUGUGGGGCCGGUGCUGGACAGCCCGCUGUGCCACGCGCCGCAGCUGCCACAGGCUUCCUGCGAGCACCCCAGGGUGCUCACCAACAACUACAACAAGAUCCUGCAGCCGGACCCCGAGCAGGGCGUCCUCGUCGUCUGCGGCUCCAUCUACCAGGGCCUCUGCCAGCUGCGCAGCAUGGCCAACAUCUCGGCGGUGGCCGUGCGCUUCCCGCCGGGCGGCAGCGACUCUGUCACCGUCUUCCCCAGUAUGCUGAACGUGGCGGCCAACCAUCCCAACGCCUCUACCGUGGGGCUCGUGCUGCGCCGCGGCGGCGGCGGCGGGGCGCGGCUGCUGGUGGCCGCCACUUACACCGGCUUCGGCAGCCCCUUCUUUCCCCGCAACCGCAGCCUGGAGGACCACCGCUUCGAGAACACGCCCGAGAUCGCCAUCCGCGCCCUCAACGCCCGCGGCGACCUGGCCAAGCUCUUCACUUUCGACAUCAACCCCUCCGACGACAACAUCCUCAAGAUCAAGCAGGGCGACAAGGCGCGGCACAAGCUCAGCUUCGUCCGCGCCUUUCUGCAGCGCGGGGCCGCGCCGCGCGCCCGCCGCCCCUACGCCUACCUGGCGCUCAACAGCGAGGCGAACGCGGGCGACAAGGAGAGCCCGGCGCACAGCCUGCUGGCCCGCAUCUGCCUGGGCGAGCCGGCCGAGGCCACCCUCAACGGCAGCGGCGAGACCAAGAAGCUGACCGAGUCCUACAUCCAGCUGGGGCUGCGCUGCGGCGGCGCCGCCGACGCCUUCACCCGUCUCGUCUCGGUCUUCCCGGCGCGGGCGGCUUGGCGCAGCCCCGCCACCCCCCCCGGCCCGGCCCCGGCCCCGCCGCCCCCCGAGGAGCUGCUCUUCGGCGUCUUCGAGCGGGCCGGGGCCGGCGGUGCCGGGGGGUGGCCGCAGUCCGCGCUCUGCGUCUUCCGCUUCGCCGAGAUCGAGGAGACGAUCCGGGCCGCCCGCAACUCCUGCUUCGUCAGCCCGGCCGCCGGCAUGGUCACCGUGCUGGACAGCGUGGUGCAGGGCACCGGCCCGGCCUGCGAGAAGAGGAACAUACAGCUGCAGCCGGAGCAGCUGGACUGUGGAGCAGCGCACCUCCAGCACCCGCUGGCCAUCGUGAACCCCGUCACAGCCACCCCCAUCUUCACCUACAGUGGCCUGACCGCAGUGGCAGUGGCCAGCGUCAACAACUACACUGUUGUGUUCCUGGGCACCGCCAGUGGAGGACUCCUGAAGAUUAACCUGGACACUACCAUGAAGGUUAUUAGCAGGAGAUCCAUUUCAGUGGCUUAUGGAGAGCCUGUCCACCCCAUCAUGCAGUUUGACCCUUCUGAUCCCACCUAUCUCUAUCUGAUGACCUCCUACCAGAUGACGCGGGUGAAGGUGGCUGCCUGCAGCCAGUACUCGACGUGCACAGACUGCCUGGCCGCCGCUGACGCCUACUGCGGGUGGUGCACGAUGGAGACCAGGUGUUCUUUGCAGCAUGAGUGCACCAACUCCACAGGGGCCAACUUCUGGGCGAGUGUGAGUGAAGGAGUGCAGCAGUGCCCCUCCAUGACCAUCCUGGAGCCCGAGAUCAAUAUUGACAAAGAGAACCCGGCCCUGAUAAUACAAAUAAAUGGAACUAUCCCGAACCUGAAUGGAACAAAUAUUUCAUGUGACUACGGAAACAACAUCCACACAGUAGCUAGAGUUGCUGGAGAUUAUGUAAACCAAUUUAUUUAUUGCAGUUUGCUUCCACGUGAGAAAUAUCCAGCAUUUCCUGAUGACCAAGACCACGUGGUGGUUGAAACUGCUCUCCGGGUCAACAGCAAAAACAUUAUCCAGGCCAAUUUCACCAUCUAUGAUUGCAAAAGGACUGGAAACAUUUACCCAAAGAGAGCGUGCACCAGCUGCCUCUCGGCCAGGUGGAAGUGUCACUGGUGCCCCUCCACCUACACCUGCGUCUCCAACCACUCGCAGUGUGACAACGCGCUGCAGAUGAAGAAGAAGAUUGACUGUCCUCGAAUAGUACCUGCCCCUUUGGAGCCAAUGCCCACAGGAGUAUCUCGGGACAUCACGAUCUCACUCGCCAAUGCGACUUUCUCUAAGGAGACAACUCUGGAGUGCCAUUUUGGGACAGACAGGACAUUUGAAGCCCGGUGGGUGAACUCCUCUGCUGUGGAGUGUGUACGUGUGCUGCUCCACACAUCAGAAAAAAGCCAUCACUUCCCAGUGAACCUCCAGCUGAAGGACAGACCAGACAGAUUUAUUGACAGUCCGGAGAUGAUGACAGUGGAGGUGUACAACUGUGGGACCGGCAGUGCCGACUGCUCCCAGUGCCUGGGGAGGGAGGACGUGGGGCACCGCUGUCUCUGGAGCGAGAGCAGCUCCAGCUGCAGGCUGCACACCGAGCCCCCCCAGGUCUCCGACGUCUGCCCAGCUCCUGAGAUUAGGAAGAUCGAGCCGCUGCGCGGGCCGCUGGAGGGGGGCACGCUGCUGACCAUCCGUGGGAGGAACCUGGGCCGCCGCUUCAGCGACGUCCUCGCCGCCGUGCGGGUGGGCAGCGUGCACUGCACCCCUCUGCCCGACAGAUACGUCGUCUCUGAGAUGAUCGUGUGCCAGACCGGAGAGGCUCAGGAGGCGUUUUCAGAUGUGGUAACAGUUAAUGUGAGCCGGGAAGGGAGGUCCAGGGAGCGAUACUCCUAUGUGCUUCCCCUGGUGCAGUCCAUAGCUCCCUCGAAUGGCCCGAAGGCUGGAGGAACCAGAGUGACCAUCAGAGGCAGCAGGCUGGAUGUCGGCUCAGAGCUCCGUGUCCUCAUCAACUCCUCCAAGCAGUGCACUGACCUCAGCCGCACCGACAGCACCAUCACCUGCACCAUGCCCGCCGCCGAGCUCACCACGGCUGUGCCAGUCUGCGUGCAGUUUGAGAACAAGUCUUGUGUCAGCCUCAACAUCACUUUCAAGUAUGAGAAGAACCCGGUUAUAUCAGACAUCAACCCCAAAAAGAGCCAAAUCAGUGGGGGCAGGAUCAUCACCCUGGAAGGAAGAGGCUUUGGGCUGGUCCAGAACGUGUCCAUGGCUGUCCGUGGCAUCGGCAGAGAACACACGUGCUGUAGGGUUCACACUGACACCACGAUCACCUGCCCCUCUCCAGCUGCCUCCAACAUCACUGUGGGGAGCAAGCCUGCCCCUGUCGACUUCUACCUCAAUGGGCGCCUCUACACAGAUGACCGCCCAGCUCUGGAUGAGGAGAUGUACCCUGAGGAGGCCCUGCACUUCAGCAAGUUCAGCCUGGAGUACUAUGCUGACCCCCAGUUCUCCACAGCCAAGAAGGAGAAGUGGAUCAAGCACCAUCCUGGCGAGCCCUUAACUCUGGUCAUACAUAAGGAGCCUGACAGCCUGGGCCUGGAGAGCAAUGAGUACCAGGUGAAAAUCGGCCUGAUCUCAUGUGAGAUCCAGAUUGUUUCAGACAAAGUCAUCCACUGCUCCGUCAAUGAGUCGCUGAGCACCUCAGAGAGGCAGUUGCCUGUGACGAUCCAAGUUGGAAAGUUCAACUACACAAUUGCGAUGCUGCACCUUGGGGGAGGAGAGACCGCAAUCAUUGUCUCCAUCGUCAUCUGCAGCAUCCUGCUGGUCCUUUCUGUUGUAGCACUCUUUGUGUUCUGCACAAAGAGCCGCAGAGCUGAGCGCUACUGGCAGAAAACCCUGCUCCAGAUGGAGGAGAUGGAGUCGCAGAUCCGGGAGGAAAUCCGCAAAGGUUUCGCGGAGCUGCAGACAGACAUGACAGACCUGACCAAGGAGCUAAACCGCAGCCAAGGGAUCCCCUUCCUGGAGUACAAGCACUUUGUCACCAGGACGUUCUUCCCCAAAUGUUCCUCUCUCUACGAGGAGUGCUACGUCCUCCCAUCCCAGCAGCUCAGCUCACAGGUGGGCUCCCAGGUCCAGGAAACACAUCCGCUCCUGGUGGGGGAAUGGAAGAUCCCUGAGAACUGCAGACCCAACAUGGAAGAAGGAAUCUCGCUGUUCUCCACCUUACUCAACAACAAGCACUUCCUCAUCGUGUUUGUCCAUGCUCUUGAGCAACAGAAGGACUUUGCUGUCAGAGAUAGGUGUAACCUGGCCUCCCUGCUUACAAUUGCACUGCAUGGGAAACUGGAGUAUUACACUAGCAUCAUGAAGGACCUCUUGGUAGAUCUAAUAGAUGCUUCAGCUUCCAAAAACCCCAAGCUGAUGCUGAGAAGGACGGAAUCGGUGGUGGAGAAGAUGCUCACCAACUGGAUGUCUAUCUGCAUGUACAGCUAUCUCAGAGAGACGGUUGGAGAGCCCUUCUUCCUGCUGAUCUGUGCCAUCAAACAGCAGAUUAACAAAGGUUCCAUCGAUGCCAUUACAGGAAAAGCCAGGUACACCCUCAACGAGGAAUGGCUGCUGAGGGAGAACAUUGAGGCAAAGCCAAGGAACCUCAACGUCUCCUUCCAAGGCUGUGGGAUGGACUCCCUGAGUGUCAGGGCCAUGGACACGGACACACUCAGCCAAGUGAAGGAGAAGAUUCUGGAGGCCUUCUGCAAGAACGUCCCCUACUCCCAGUGGCCAAGGGUGGAAGACGUUGACCUUGAGUGGUUUGCCACCAGCACCGACAGCUACAUCCUGCGGGACCUCGAUGACACGUCGGUGGUGGAGGAUGGCAGGAAGAAACUCAACACAUUAGCACAUUACAAGAUCCCUGAAGGGGCAUCCCUGGCCAUGAGUUUGUCAGACAAGAAGGACACCACACUGAGCAGAGUGAAGGAUUUGGACACGGAGAAGUACUUCCACUUGGUUCUCCCAACCGAUGAAUCAGUGGAACAUAAGAAGUCCCACAGGCAGAGCCAUAGGAAGAAAGUCCUUCCAGAGAUCUACCUGACACGGCUGCUCUCCACCAAGGGCACACUCCAGAAGUUCCUGGACGACUUGUUCAAAGCCAUUCUCAGUAUCCGAGAUGAUAAACCGCCUGUGGCCGUGAAGUAUUUCUUUGACUUCCUAGAGGAGCAAGCAGAGAAGAGAGGGAUCACAGACCCUGACACUCUGCACAUCUGGAAGACCAACAGCCUACCGCUGAGGUUUUGGGUCAACAUCCUGAAAAACCCCCAGUUUGUCUUUGACAUUGACAAAACAGACCACAUCGAUGCCUGUCUGUCUGUGAUCGCCCAGGCCUUCAUCGACGCCUGCUCCCUCUCCGACCUGCAGCUGGGCAAGGACUCCCCGACCAACAAACUGCUGUAUGCCAAGGAGAUCCCCGAGUACAGGAAGAUAGUGCAGCGAUACUACAAGCAAAUCCAUGACAUGUCGCCACUGAGUGAGCAGGAGAUGAACGCCCACCUCGCAGAGGAGUCGCGGAAAUACCGGAAUGAGUUCAACACCAACGUUGCCAUGGCUGAGAUAUACAAGUAUGCCAAGAGAUACCGCUCCCAGAUCGUGGCUGCCCUGGAUGCCAACCCCACAACGAAGCGCACCCAGCUCCAGCACAAAUUCGAGCAAGUGAUUGCGCUCAUGGAGGACAACAUCUACGAGUGCUGCAGUGAAGCCUAGGCCAGCUGCAGCCCUGGAAGUGACCUUUCCUGCAGCACAGUGCCACAGGGAACCUGCCUUCAGCUGCAGGCACACCGUGGUCAUCCUCAAACCAGCCUUGUGGUGGGGGUGGUCCUGGCCAUGGCCGAAGGGCUCCCUCACAUCACAAGAGGCCACAAGACACCUUUCAGAGCAGCUCAAACUCCUCUGGUAUCCACUGUGGCACCCAUAAUUUAUUUGCUGUUGCCAGCCAGAAAUGGAGGUGUGACACCUGGGGCAAGCUCAGUUCACCACUUCCCUCUGGUCAGCACCCGAGCAGUCAGCACUCCCUGCAUCCCGGCGUGUGGCUCCUCAGGACAAGGGAUGGGGCUGCAGAGGCUGGAACAACAGACACAAAGCAGAAGGGUCACCUCAGGGAGUAACGAGCAGAGGCAGCAUAGGCCAUCAGAGCAACACCUGAGUUCCCUUCCACUCCAUCCCUCCAACAUCCUUGUUUUUCGAACACCAGGGACUCUUAUCAGCUGUUCACUAUCUGCUGCAUUCUGUGUAUUUUUGUGCCUUUUAAUUUUUGUACUGUAUGUGUAAACAUAACUGCCCCUCCAUCUGGGACUUGGGCAACAUGAGGAACUUGGGGCUGAGACAAAGCAAUUGCUUCCCAAGCAGCUAAGGCAUGGUGAAAGCACUUUAUCCCUAACAGAGACAGCUGUUUGGGUGCCAGAGGGAGUGCAAUCCAUGUAAGACGGUGUGGGAAGGGCUGUUCCCCCUUCCCUGGGUUCUUGUCUCUCAUGCACAGCAAGCUGGAGGUGCAGUGGGUAGGCAAACAUCCCACUGCCCAACCAGCUCGUCGCAGGCAUGGUCCUGUCCAGACCAGAUGCAGACAGAGGGUGAGGAAAGGACCGUGGCCCUUGCUCCCAGCCUCGCUGCACUGGCUCAACACGUGUCUGUGGCACUGCCCCCAGUGUCUGUGGCACCUUGACCCAGUAAUGCCUUUCAUGCCAACAGGGCCAGCUCCUGCUGACAGCCCUCUGACAGUGGCCUCGAGCCACACACAGGGCAAACACCAGGUAGCAUUGUCCCUUUCUCUGCCUCUCCCCGUGGCCAUCACCAAACACAAGGUCAGUGCUGCAGAGGUGUCUCCUAAAGCAGCCUGUUCUGCUUGCUUCAGGCCCAGCCCCCGUGGCUGAUACCUGAGAGCAGCCAAGAGAGGGGGGCUUGGCUGUGUUACCAGCCUGUGUUCAGGCUUAGGCCAGGGUCAGUGAGAAGGUCCCACUGGCAGACCAGUGGAUCUCAUCCAAGACCAGAAACUGCAGUUGCCGCCCUGUGGCAUUUGCACUGGGGCAACACCCCAUCCCAGCUUGGUGGCCCCUUCUCUUUCCUGCAGCCCGGGGAGCUGUGACCACUCUGGUCUCCAGUGUCACACAGGCCCCUCUGAAGAGGCUGGGUACAGCCAACGCCAUGUGCUCGAAGCCAGCAUUCCUGCAUGGGAAAAGGCUCCUGCCCACAGGGCUGGCCCUCCGCAGAUGCCAUGGUUCAAACUGCCAAAUAGGAAAGAAACAAAGAAAAAGUUACUACCUCACUGCAGGAGGGUGUAAGGGGAGCCUUUGUUAGUCAUUCAACUGACAGUGAUGCAGCCUGGUAUUAGAUAACUGUUCACCAGAAGUACUCCUGGGUGACUCUGCCAUGGACAGGUGGCCUCCAUUCCAUUGUUUCCAGUAAUGCCACAUUUGUCAGAAACCGCAACAUCGGAGUUGUGUAUGUGUACAUAGAUAUCUAUUUUAAAACAAAUGAUAGACUUUAUCCAGUAUGUUAAAAGGGGGGAAGGGAGGGAAGGGAAAGGGGAAGAACAGAGGGGGUUUUUUAAAGAGAAUUACAGAAAAAGUACUUACACUGCAGAGGUCUCAAUGUCUUUGCUGAGGAUGUGGCUUCAGAAUAUAAACUCUUAAGAAUGUAGCUGGGCUACGUUUUAUUUUGAAAGUGAUUUCACAAAAUCUUGAAUUUUUUUUUCUGUUAGAGACUGUGAAUAGCUGACAGAGAUUUAGGCAGGCCCAGCACAGGGAAGGCAAGGGCAAGAAAGAACAAGGUAGCAGAGAAUGUUGAGUUUGGUUGGAGGCAGGGAAAGGGCCAUGGAGCUGUAGCCCCAUGUUGUUUGUUACAGGGAAAGGAAACAAGUGAGUCAAGAGCAAGUAGGGUUUGCCUCCAGGUGCUGUGACUGGGCUGUGUAUUGAGGCUAUUGCUUUAUUAUUUAAUUUUUAUCAAAGCAAAAAAAAAAUAAAAAAAAGAAGUAUUUGCUACAGCCAUGUAAAGGAACAACUUUAACAGAGCAAAAGCUCGAGGGUUUGUAGUGUUGUAUUGCCUUGAACCCCUGAGCCCUUUGUAACAUGUUUUCCAACUUUGGCACGUGUUGUGGAUGUAGUGCCCUUACCUGCUGUGUAGUGGAAGUGGCAAACUCCUGGCAAAGCCUAUCUUUGUAAUAAAACUAGGUGCUGAACCUGU